UUGAUUCUAAUAUUUUAUUCGUUUCGUACAACUUUAAUUUUCACUUGAAGACAUCGCCAAUUAAUAACACUGCUAUAUAUAAGUACUUMGCUAAGUACCUACAUAAUAUAUAUCACCAUCCAUAAUCAAUAUAUUAAACCCAUACAACAACCACACGGUAACCAACAGUGAUUAUCGUCCGAUGAACACGAUGUUUGACAACGCAGAUCUGAUUUUAGAGAACGCAAAUUUGUUUGAAGGAGAACAUGCCCAACACAACUUGUUGCUUCUAGUAAACCUGAUAAUCAAAACUUACAAAUUCAGAAAUGCCUUGUGGAACACGUUUAUACAUUGUGGGGGAAUGAUCUUGUUAAUGAACAAUAAUUGCACUUCCGAAUAUGAAAUCGUGCAGUUUUCGAGCGCUAGAUUUCUAGAAAAAUGCCUGACAACAGAAACCAGAGACCACGUACUGAAAAUCGUGAAAGAAAAAGUUUUGCGCGUAGUAGGCGACAAAAACAAAACCCAAGUUAKCUCGCUCGAUGGAUUUAAGUUUAAUUUCAGAAUCUUUAAAAACUUAUUCCAACAACCUAAUAUCACUUUCAUUGAUUUAAACGAAUUCGAUGGUUUGKGCGUACUUCUCGACGAGUUGCGACAGCAAGAUUUCGCGUUUCUGAAACAAUCCCUCAAUGCACAAUUCAACUUAUGGAGGCCGUCAUAUAGAUGCCCAAGAAACCAAAAUGUUAUGAUAAGGCCACUGGAGAAGGAGAUAAUUUACUCUAACGACAGAGCUCACAGAUUAGUUAAUCAUUCAUGUUGGUUGAUUACCGAAGAAGUUCCUUACAGGCUCAACAUGUGUGUUCCCCAAUGGUCGGCGAUGGACGUCUGUAAAUGGUUAAACCGAGUUGGAUUUAGUGAGUUUUCUAACAAUUUAUUGAAAAAUCAAGUUGAUGGUGAUCUAUUGUUGCGAUUAACCAAAGACGAAUUGGUAAACGAAAUCGGAAUACAAAACGGAAUAGUGGAAAAAAG